AUCAAAGAUGGCGGAAAGCGAGGAGCGGGAAUCCUUCUCGGAGAUUUUAAAUGAAUCCGAGGUAAACGAAGAUGACGAAGAAGAAGUCACUGCUGCUGAAGUAUUGGAGCGGUUGGAACAGGCUUGGUUGAAUGAAAAGUUCGCUCCAGAGCUUUUGGAGAGCAAAGUGGAACUUGUUGAGUGUAUGCUUGACCAGAUUAAAGAAAUGGAGGAAAACCUAAAAGAGGCUGAAAAAGGAGACUUAGCUGGAUCACUUCAUCGGCUAGAGAUUCAAAGAAUAAGAUAUGUCAUUAGCAGCUAUUUAAAAAUCCGACUGAAAAAGAUUGAGAAGUAUGCAUUUCAUAUUAUGGAACCAUCACUUGACAAAACGGAUUACAUUUCGCAUCUGUCUGCAGAAGAACAUGUUUAUGCCAAAGAGUAUUGUAAAAAUGUUGAAGAUCUUUUGAAAUCACUGGCACUUGACCACAUGCCACCAAAUCUGAGCAGUUUAGAUAAGAAGAAAUCAGUUCCUCAGCCAAACCUGGACAGUUAUUUAUUCAUGAAGGUUCUCCAACCUCAAGAUCAGGUGGAGCUCGACCCCGAUGAUCAGCCAGCAGAUUUGGAAGUAGGAGCACAGCAUCUGGUUCGAUACAGCGUCAUCGCGCCUCUCUUGGAAAAAGGCGCCGUGGCUCUGAUAUGAUAUCAUAUGAUAUGACUUUUCUUCAGUCUAACUACACUAACAGAGAGAAGUCACAUCCUCGCAACACCAUUCUGAAAUUUCUUUUUUACAAAGUACUUUCUCACAAGAGCUAAAUAAGACAUGAUAUUUUGCGUUUUUUCGAGACAUGUUUCCAGUGGGAAUUUAAACGCAGUACAGGCUUCGUUUCUGCGAGUACGUUCCAGUACAUAUAUAACAUCCAUCGACGCCAGUCAGGCAUUACGAGUUGCAAGAAGAGUAAGGAAGGUUACGUCUAAAAAUCAUCAUUAUUAUGGCCUGACAGGAGAAACUCACGUUGAAAUACAUUGCAUUACAAACACGACUAAUUUGUUGUAUGUAAAAAAAAGCCAGGAAUGUUUUUCUCAUGUGAAUUAUUAAAAAAAUAAUACGAGUAUUGGUGUAUUUUUAUUCCAAUUAUAGUAGGCUAGAAGUCCACUAGAAAUUUUUGCAAGCUUUCAUCUAAUCCUCGUUCUAGACUACCUUAAAUGGACUUCCCGCAA